GGUAGUUUCUCAUUUGGUGGAUGAAGAUGAUGAUAGGAUUCGUGUGUCAUCAAAGAGGCACAUGUUGCAAAGUUGUCCGAAUAAACUUAAGAAACUGUCAAAUUAGCAAGAACAAGAGCGCAUCUAUCUCAAGACGUGGAUUCUUGGCUUUACUCCGACCGUCUCUGUUUUUGAUUUGGUGGUUUGUUAGAAAACCUGUGUCUGCUGAACCUUUGGUUUCAGACGCUGUAUGUAGUUUCUGUAACGGAAAGGGCCAAGUGGUGUGUGACAUGUGUGAAGGAACUGGAUUUUGGAAAGCAAUAACUCCCACUCGCAAUCAGUACUACAAAGGAGUCAGUUGUCCACAGUGUUCUGGUAGCGGUUAUUUGACCUGUCCAGUUUGCCUUGGAACAGGGUUAGGCGAAGUCAAGGGUUUGCUUCGACGCGAUAAAAAAUUGGGUUCCGGCAAAGGCCUCUUCGGUAUAGAGUAACCAGAUGAGAUUCCAAACUAUAAAAAAGUUAUACU